UUCGUGGGGUGGUGGGGCGGGCCUCGAGAGGGCGCGUGCGUGAAGCGGCCUGCUCAAUGUGACCGGGGUUAAGUUAGUUAGUUUAACUAGGUCAGCGGUAACAAGGGGCUCGAGGGAGGAUGGAAGAGGGGGAGUUGAACCCCCAGCUGGAAUUACACGAGGGCGAGGAGAUUGUGGAAGUGAUCGAACUGAACCCCGACCAACAGCCGCAGGAGGAGGAUGACCUUCUGAAUGAUGUGGAAGAAGAUGAAGAUGAUGGGGAAUGGGAGACUGAAGAUGAUGAGACCAUGGAGGUGGUACGAGACGACAGUGAUCUGACUUUCUCCAGGCACACAAAGCCAGUAUUCUGCUUGAGUUUGGACCCAAAGAGUAAUUCAUUGGCAGUGACGGGUGGUGAGGAUGACACUGCUUUUGUGUGGAGAUUGACAGAUGGCGAGGUGCUGCUGGAAUGCACAGGCCACAAAGAUUCUGUCAUCUCAGCCUCCUUCAGUCAUGACUCUGCUCUGGUUGUCACAGGAGACAUGAGCGGAGUGAUCAAAGUCUGGAAAGUUGAAACCAAGGAAGAAAUCUGGUCGUUUGAAGUAGGCGAUCUCCAGUGGGUAGAGUGGCAUCCUUGUGCCCACGUGCUGCUGACUGGCACAGACGAAGGGAGUUGUUGGAUGUGGAAAAUCCCCAGUGGGGAAUGCAAAACCUUUUCAGGCCCUGGAUGCCAAGCGACCUGUGGCAAGAUCCUCCCUGAUGGUUACCGAGCAGUUGUUGGCUAUGAAGAUGGAACAGUAAGAAUCUGGGAUCUGAAACAAGGAUUGCAGCUUCAUGUGGUGAAAGGGAAGGAUGGUCACCAGGGUCCCCUAACCUGCCUUGCUGUGAAUGACACUGGGAGCCUGGUCCUGACAGGGUCUGUUGACUGCACAGCCAAACUCCUCAAUCCUCUCACGGGCAAGGUAGUUGCUGUCUUUUCAGUCCCAAAUAACGCAAAGGAAUGUGUGGACAAAGACCAGAUGGAGAAUACCGAAUCCAACUCUAAUUCUGUCGAGUCAGUGGGAUUCUGUCGGGUGCUUCCCUUGGUUGCUGUUGGAUUUUUGGAUGGCACCAUGGUGAUCUGGGAUAUUCCAUCACAGACAGUUCGUCAUAAGUGGCAGCUUCAGGCUGGUAUUGUGCAGCUUCUGUGGGAGGACCACUCAUCCAUCAUAUACACAGGGAGCCUUGAUGGAGUCGUGCGCAUCUGGGACGCCAGGUCAGGAAGAAUGGAGGGUGAAUGCUGCGGCCAUGUUGCAGAAAUCCUGGCUUUUAUGGUGAAUAAGGAAGCAUCCAUGGUUGUCACUGCCUCUGGAGACCGAACUGCAAAAGUGUUCCACCUGCAGCGGCCCGACCGGUAGAAACAAUUUCAUCUCUUUUUAACGGCGCUGACCUCACAGCCCACAGCUUACAGACUCAGCAGCUGCAGCCCCUUGUGUUACGUGAUUUGUGCUGUGCAACAAGGACUCUUUCUGAUGGACCUUUUAAAAGAAAAAAUAAAAUGUUUGCAUUUUC